AUGGAAGUCGCAAACAAAGAACAGAUUAUCAGUGAGGUACUACAAAAAGCGCAGAAAGAAAGUGGUGUUGCUCUUCGAGAAAAAUUGCGCAAAUUAUUAGUCGAACGGCAGAUUCCAUUCAUACCAGCAACAACUGAAGUUGAAUCACUUCGUUCGUUAGGUUAUGGAGUGUUCGGCAUCGUCGAAUUGAUACGGUAUCAGAAGAAAUUAUAUGCACAUAAACGAGCACGACAGACAACCCGUGAACAACGAAAUAGUAUUCUCGAUGAAGGAAUUAAACUAACGGACAUAGCGGAAUAUCAUCGAAAUAUUCAACAUUUGAAUUUCAUUAAUCUACGAACAUUUGGCAUUGUGAUUGAUUAUUGCAGCAAUGGAUCAUUGGAUGUUUUUGUUCGCGAAAAACAUUCUAAUUACACGUUAGUUGAUGCGCUGAAUUGGGGCUACCAACUAGCAGAUGCAUUGAGCUUCUUGCAUUCAAAAAAGAUUAUUCAUCGCGAUGUUAAAAUGCAAAAUAUUCUCUUGAAAGAUAACUAUCAAACACUUGUCCUUACAGACUAUGGUACCGCUACCCAACUGGGAAAAAGUUGGAUGACAGAUAAUGUUGGAACACCAAUAACGAUGGCACCUGAAGUAUUUGCUUAUAAUCAAUAUGCUGAGCAAUGUGAUACUUAUUCGUGGGCAAUUGUUUUCUGGCAAUUGUUAUCCAAACAAUUAUUACCAUAUGGCAACCAAGGCAAAGCGUUUCUCAUAUCCAUUGUUCAAGAGAAACUUCGCCCACCGAAACUAAAUCAUUGUCCCGAAUUGUUCAUCGCUCUGUUGUAUCGCGCAUGGCAUUCGGAUCCGAAUGAACGUCCAACAUUAUUACUUAUAAAGAAGAUCCUUUGGUUGAUACUGAAUACACUACCGAAAAAGAAAGAAGAAUAUUCAGAAGAAACUAUAAGUGAACUUCAUAAUCAAUGGAUAAACGAGUAUAAUCUUUCGGAAAGAUAUCUUCCAAGUGAACCGCGUGUAACGAAUGAACAGUCAAUGAAUCUUUAUCAGGAGCAUCUGACAAUUGUGGAGCGAAUUUUAGCAAUUGAAAAGGAUAUUCGAGAAUGUACUUCGAUUGAUACUCGUUAUGGGAGAUUUCGUGAAGCAAUUGUAUAUAGGUUUUCUAUCUUCUCACAACAACGAAAUGUUCUACUAACUGUUCUGAAGUUUUUAUACAAAGAUUUUACAUUUUUCAAUCAAAUAAAUUUGUAUAUUGGCCUAAUUUUGACUCGUAUUUUCAUAUCGAUUGAGUCAUUCCCCUACAUUCAUCAAUACAUUAUACAGAAAAUUCAAUCUAAUGGCUAUGAUUUGAAAAUGAAUAGUAAGCCAAUAAUCAAUUUUUUAACCAUACUUGCCGAGGAAAAAAUACAAAAUGCACCUCAAAUCGUACGCGCUAUAGAGGAUCGUAUACUUGAAGCGAAAGGUGAUUGUAUUCUCCCCGUACUCUACGUACUUGAUUCAAUAGUAAAAAACCUACGUUCAAAAGCGUAUAUAGCAUUAUUUGAACAUAAACUACCUGUUGUAUUCGCCAGUGCUUUCAAUAAGGUUGAUGAACGCGUACGGUUGUCGAUGUUUAAACUUCGUCAAACAUGGCCACCAUACUUUUCAAAUGCGGUCUUGCAUAACCUCGAUACGAGAACACAUUACAUCGAUCCGGCAUGGCCAAUUACAGCUCGAGUACCCGACGCAACUCCGUCCACACCUACCAUUCAUAUCAAUCCAGAUUUUAUUCAACGAAGUCCAACAGCAGCUGCUAAUCAACCGAAAUUACCUGCAAGGUCAGAUGAUCAUGCACGUACUGGAAAUCAAACAGUUGGUAAAAGUUCAGAAUCGACAUCCAGAGACGACAGCUAUCAUAUGAUACCAAUUGAUCGAAAGGAGGUCGAUUCAAUCUUGCCCAAAGAUACAAAUGGUGAACAGCAAUCAAAAACGAAAAAAGAAGGAAAUAGUGUAACAAACAAUAGUAAGGAAAGUUCAACAGCAGAUAAAACGAAAUCUACUGCGGAUGAUAUCAAUACAAAGGAUGCUCAAGUUGAUGAUGAAAUGCUGUUUGGUGGUUCGGAUAUCGAUUAUCGCGAUACGGAUUUAACGGCACAACAGAAAGCAACGAGCAAUGCUGAUAUUGAUCGUUUAUUUGAAUUGAAUUCGGAGUGCUUUCUGUUGGCUGAACAAAAAUUCAAAUCGAAAGAACUCUCUUCCGAGGAAUAUCAAGCAACACUGAAAGUGCUUCAAACUUUCCUUCAAAGCGAAGUUCAACGACUGACUGCACCAUCGACUACAACUCCAUCUGUGAUUAAUAACAAUAAUCAAGUGCCGACAACGGUAGCAUCUAACAGUAUAUUUCCACAAACAUCUCUUCAAUUUCCUUCGACGGCCACCACAGCUACAGCAACGCCAGCAUUGUCAACAUUUCCAUUCUCUGGCUUCGCGAACGAUACUCAACGUCAUGCAAUGCAAAUUCUAGCUGCAGUUAGCGCGUCGUCAUCAUUAGCUGCACCUUAUAAUAUAUUAUCAUAUAUUCCACCCUUACCACCAGCUCCACCUCCGUUUCCUCUUCUUCCAAAUACAUUUCCCUCGUCGACAACAUCCGAACGACUUAGCCCAUCCACAAAACGUCCACACGACGAACCGUCGAGUGAUGAUCUUAAUGAUGAUUCAAAACGAGCACGUUACGAUCGAUCUUCUACUCAUAACACUCGAUCACGAAAUUUCGAUGAAGAAAACAUCGCACCUGUACCAUCACUGAUCGAUGCAAACAUCAAUACAUUGAAAAAAAAAUACUUGGGUGUAAUUCAGCAAUUGUACAUUGGCAAAUAUCAAUGUGCUCUUUGCGGUCUUCGUUUUUCUUCCAAACAAAAACAUCUUUAUAAUCAUCAUCUCGAUUGGCACUUCUUUCAAAAUCGGCAAGCAACAGAUUCUCAAGCAGUAUUAGAAAUCUGUAGAGAUUGGUAUCCAUCUUUACAAGAAUGGACAGUACAUGAGGAAAAUCUGGACGAACAAAUACGAAAAAAUCAUCAGAUGUCAUCGAAGAAUCGAAAUAAAAAAGAGUUUGGCGAAAAAUCGGCUCUAUUGAUCGAAGCGGUCAUUUGCACAGCAAAAACCAAUGGUGAUAUGGACGAUGAUCGGUGUUACGUAUGCCAUGAUCCAUUUGACAAUUACUUUGAUGAUAAUCUGGAAGAAUGGUGUCUGAAAGAUGCGAUAAGAGUCGAUGAUAAAACUUAUCAUUCCAUCUGCUAUCAAGAUUUACAAUCUCAUGAUCUUCAUGAGAAACCAUCGACUAUGGACUCUUUGACAUUACCAGAAUCGUUAAUCGACGAAACUAGUAAUCAAUCGUCGGAUUCUCAACUGGUCGAUAAUGCCAUGGCUAUUGUGAAUAUCAAAUCUGAAAGUGAAGAUACAUUCGACAGAGACUCUUCGUCAUUGCCAGAGGAAUCAACAAAACCAACGUACACAUCAUCAAUGUCAUUUGUGAAUCUUGUUGAGACAAUAUUUGUUAAAAAAGAAGAUCUUAAACCAAUUGAAAAUCUGGAAUCUGUCAGCAAGAACGUCAAAGAAGAACUUCUGGAUCCAGGAACAAUAUCAGAAGAAAUACCAUUUCUAUCCAUCAAACCUGAAAACGAUUGUGAAUUCUUGAUUGAUAGAACAACCGAUAAAAUCGAACCUUUAUCGGAAUGA